UCCAUCUGUUGUCUCUGGAGCUAGAGGGGAACCUUUUCCAUGACGGCAACAUGUCCCCUUUGACCUUCAAGCCACUGAGGAGCGUCCAGUACCUGCGCUUGGACACGAACAGCUUCCGCUCCCUCCCCCUCGGCCUGCCCCGCUCCCUACAGGAGCUGAGGAUGCGUGAUAACCAGUUACAGGAGGUACCAGAGGGGGUUCUGAGUGAAUUGGCCAAACUGAGAGUUUUAGACCUUAGUCACAACCUGCUGCAUGAGGGCAGCAUCUCAAACCGGGCCUGGGUCAAACUAACUUCUCUUGAAGCCUUGGACCUCUCUCAUAACAGCCUCACCUCAGUCCCCCUCUACCUACCUCGCCCUCUGCGUCAGCUGACCCUGCAACACAACUCAAUUGGUCGAAUCCCUGCGUAUGUCUUUGGCCACCUGCGCCCCGGCCUAGAGUCCCUCCGUCUAUCCCACAAUGCACUAGGGGACGAAGGAGUGCAAGGAGUUUCUUUUGUGGGCAUGUACCGGUCGCUUGUUGAGCUCCUAUUGGACAAUAACCGUCUGGGGGCGGUGCCUCGCAGCGUGUGGCAGUUUAGGAACCUGCAGGUGCUGAGGCUCGACUACAACCAAAUCAGGUCUGUGGCGGUGGGGUCGGUGUGUCACUCUCGUGUGGCGGUGCRUUCGGCCCUGGCCUCUCUCCACCUGGAGAACAACCUUAUAGAGGAAGAGAUCCCCUCCACUACCUUCAACUGUAUUCAACACCCUAGUGGUGUGGUCACACAGCCCCAGGAACACAUACACGAGGUGUAGACCAGCGUCUCCGUUUACAGAUGUUCCACUGAACCAUCGUUAAACCUCCCUAUUUCCUCACCUCCUUUUCUUCACUAGUCACCUAUGUCGUCUAGUCAUGUAUGUAAACUCGUGUUUGUGAUGUCGAUGAUGAUGAUGGUGAUGAUGAUAAAGAUAGUAAUUUGUAUCAGUUCUGUUGUGUUACCUUACUCUAACAGAAAUGAAACUACUGAUGUCUGUGUAUGAUAAUGCUCUAGCGGUUGAGAGAGAAUAUUAAAUAACAGCUAUUCCAA